AUGUCCUCGCGAAAGGCUCCUCGAUGUCGCUCUUGCAAGCAUCCGAUGAAGGGCCACAAUAAACUCGGUCUCUGCAUGUCUGCAUCUCCAGAGGUUCUCUCCAGGGAAGAAGAAGAAGCAGAGCAGCAGCAACAGCAACAGCAACAGCAACAACAGCAAGCACAAGCACAAGCACAAGCGCAGGAUGGCGCAGCAGGCUCAUCUCGCGCCUCUGCGCACUCGUACAUGUCCCCGCCACCCACGCCCCCGCCCUCCUCCGCCUACGCCGCCACUUCCACUGAUCCACAGGCACAAGCUGCAAAUGCCGCCAUCGCCCCAGCGAUAAGCCCCCUCGUCCCAAACCCACAGGCCCAGCAGCAACAGCAGCAGCCUCAACGGCGCGUCCACAUCCCGCGCACCUACACCCCCGCGAUCUUGUCCGAGCCGUCCUUCGUCAUCCCCGAGACGGGCUACUUCCACCGGCGCAACCCAAACUUUGUCCACCCACCACCGCGCCAGGUCCUCCCCGAUCCCUACUCCAACUCCCACAGCGCGUACAGCGGUGGCCCUCUACGCCACUUUGGCGACCACAACCCCGACGAGGAGGAUGACGACGACGACGACUACAACGGCGGGCCCGGCGCACAGACGCCCACGGUGAUCGUCGGAUCGGACGGCGAGACCGUCGAGGCGCUCAGCGAUCGCUCACGGUCCGCGAGCCCUGGCCCACCAGGCGACACGCGCUCGCGCACCCCACGACCACGCGCGAACCCCUACGCCGCGGACAGCAGCAUGUUCUCCUCUUCGUCGUCCUUCUUCGGUGCCCCUCCUGCGCGCACCAGCAAGCCGCGGUACCGCACCGAAGCGGAGGAGCGCUGCGAGCGGCGCGCGGGGCAGCGGCACUCGCGCUCGCCGCGCCCGCCAAAGACGCAGCGCAAUGGCAGCGUCAUCGCAGGCGGGCUGGCGUACCUCGGGAGCUUCAAAUGGAUCCGCAGUCCGACGCCGUCCGAGGCGAGCACCGCGUACGUCCCUGCGGCCACGACGACCGCGACGGGUGCUGGGGUUGUGGGCGCGGGUGCGGGUGCACGGCACCGCUCAAGGAGUCUGGGGUACAGGCACCCGCAUCGUGCGCAGCCGCACCACCACCAGGCGGUCGCGGCGGGUGCGGGCGAGGCGAAGAUUUCGACGCGCGAUAUGAUGGUGCUCGGCCUCGUCGUGGUCGUUGGCUCUGCGGUGUCGAUGAUGCUGGUGAUGUAUGUAGGCUUGAGAUCUCUCCGGUCGAUUUUGUAG